AUGAAACUGCAAGUAAUUGUGGACUCAACAAUGCAGUUUAUUGAUGUGCAUGUGGGGCUUCCUGGAUGUUUAACUGCUGAAAAAGUCCUUCCUUUGUCAGAGUUCUAUAAUCUGGCUCAAAAUGGAGAGAGGUUGAACGGGAAUGAAAUGGAUCUUUCCCAAGGGACAACAGUUCGUGAGUAUGUAGUUGGAGGGUCAGGUUUUCAGCUCCUGCCAUGGCUCAUAACUCCAUAUUGUGAAGAACAACCGACUGAGGAACAAAACGAGUUCAACGACAUUCACUUGGCAACCAGAAUGGUUGCUAAACGGGCUUUGAAGAGGUUGAAGGAGGUUUGGUCAGUGAUUGACGGCGGCAUGUGGCAGCUUGACAGGAAUCAGUUACCAUACAUUGUUCUCGCGUGUUGCAUACUGCAUAACAUCCAAAUUGCCAAGGAAGGUGAUGGAGUGUCAGAUGUGUCAAGCAUGUUGUUUGAUCACGACCCCGGGUAUCCACCUGAAAAAAGUGCAUUUGCCGAUGAAAAUGCUGAGAUCGCGCGGGACAAUCUGCGUCUCUACUUGGCCAGAAAAGAUAUAGCAUGA